AUGUCGAGUGUGCAUCUCGCUCAAUUUCUUGGAGCAGACAUCAUCUUCAGCUUCAACUUUCCUCCAGGUACCUCGCAGGAAGCCAUGGCGGCGUUUCGGUCUUCGCUCCCCUUUCCGUUCAACAUGGGUGAGGGUCCAGUCCCUCAAGAGGAGGGAUGGUGGAGCGAAGAGGGAGGAGGAAGGGAGGAGGAAGGCGGAGAGGACAGCGAUGAGGGCACGGGGAUCGAAAGAACCUUCGUCAGCGAGCCAUGGGAAGGAGAAGGCAACACCGCAUAUCCUGCUUCAGAUCUUGCACAACAGGACGUAUUUGUCUUCAGCGAAAGCAAGUCAGGCUAUCACAGCUCGUCUUCGGAUGAGACUUUUGACGCAAGCAACCUGUCGGCAAACUCAACGUUUGUUUGCGACAGGAGAGGGAGCAGUGACAACGGAUGGUCAGAGAACGAUUCUCCUCCUCUGAGGCCUGACAGCUCGGUCUGCACCGUCUUUGAGUUUGGCAAGAUCAACGACUUUACCUUCACUGGCUCAACGCUCCAAGUGAGUCAACAGAUGGCAAAUCAACUUCCAAACCAAGAUGUCUUCAAUGCGAUGAACAAUGAUUGCGACAGAAGUGUGGAGGAGACAGAAAGUCAGGACAGUCUUGAAGAUAUACUCGAACGUUCCAGCGGGAUGAACGCGUCGUUGGAGGUGGCGCCAGCGCCGCUCGAUGUUGAACAAGUCAAGAGUCUCUUGGAUUCUUACUUCAAACCACCAGAGCCUCAGGUCAAGGAAGCUGAGCCGCAAGUGGCGCAAGCUGCCCCGAAAGUGGAGCCGCCGAGGAGAUAUCCGUCGCCUGUGAAGGUGAGGAGCCCAUCUCCUCCUCCUCCUCCCAGGAACAGGAACAGGAACAGGAACAGGAACAGGAACAGGAACAGGAACAGGAACAGGAACAGGAACAGGAGCCCAGCCCCUUUCGUUCCCGUCCAGUGCUGGUGCUGCAACAAGUUUGGACACAUGCAGCGCGACUGCUGGUACAGAGAAGAGUCGGAGGAUUCGGAUUCCGAGUCCGACGAGUCCGACGAGUCCGACGAGUCCGACGACGAUACCUGCUGGCGUUGUGGUAAGCGAGGCCAUAUGAGGAGAGACUGUUACUCCAGAAGACACGCCAACGGAAGAUGGUUGAAAUGA